ACUCGAUCAAGCAUAUAACGAUGUCCGACAAAAACUUAGCUGCUUUCAACGCAUUUCGACGCGACCUGGCCCGCAUACAAAAGACCUUCAGCUCGUACACACAAACCGAUUUCACGCAAGAGGUUGGGACAAGCACUGAUUUCGAGAACGACCCCCACUAAAUAGGUGACCCGAAGAAUUCGGAUAAACACCCAAAAUGCUACUGCUCGAGCGAGAGGAACAAUGAUCCAAGCGAAGGGACGGACGAGACGAUACCGGUCCUGGAGAUUGCGGCUGAGCCAAGCCACAAGCCAAGUUCCCAGCACUCGUCGUCACGCCCCCAAUCCGAAGAGGAGCGAGAGAAAACGAAUCACCUCAAGUCGAAGACCCGAUGUGCAGCUACUUGCUACAUUCAACCGUCCAGUCGUCCCCCAGUCAGCAGCAUCGGCAGUGGCCAUAUCCCGCUGGCCAUAUCUCGGAGUCCCGAGAUGUCUGAUGAGCUUUGGACCAGCAUCCACGAAUUUCCUGCAAGAGAUCCAUGUGCCCAUCGUCCCGAUAGCCACUACGUUUCUGAUCGGGGCAGUACGCGAGGAUCUGCGCCACCUGCUGAAACACAAGAUGCGUCUGAUCCGUCGCUCGAUGGCUGGCGGCAAUGCAGAAGUCAUCUAUGUAAUCGCCUACCACUGCAUGUAGGACGACGGUCUCGAGUCGAGUUUCAAUAGACAUUCCAAAUUCCCAAUGCUA